UGCAGGUUUCAAGUUUUCUGACAUCGGGCUGACUCUUUUUGGAGGAUGGGGGACACCCGUGCCUUGCAGGCUCGGGUGGAAGAGUUGGAGACGCGCGUGCGAGAGCUCGAGGCGGAGCAAGAGCUCCAGGAGCUCCGCGCAAUCGUCGAAGCACAGGAGGCAGCCCUCACAGAACAGUGCCGCAUCAUCGAGAGCCAGAGUGCCUUGAUAGAAGACUUGAACGAACACCUGAGCGCAGGCUUGCCUUCUGCAACGCAUCCUGAGAAGGAUGAAAAGAGCGAGAAGCCAAGCGAAAAGCCCAGCGAGAAGCCGAGUGGACGCGAGGAUGACCGCGACGAGCGUGGCCAACCACCGCUGCCGCCGCCAGCGAGGAGAAGUCGUGGUAGCUCGGGGUCAGAGAGUGGCGCCACACAAGGCCCAGCUCCCAAGAAACGAACUGCCAAUUCGACCAGCUCUGGCUAUGGCAGGGUCUCCACAGGUUCCGCUGGAAGCAUGAGCGCUCCAGGUCUAAGAAGUGGAAAGCUCGAGGUUCGAAAAGAAAAAAGCGAAAAAAGUGAAAGGAAUGAGAAACGGUUGGGCUGCAGCAGCGCUAGCAGCGGUGGUUUGGGCAUCAAAGGCCCUUCGCCGCGCAUGACACCUCGAAGUGCGAGUGCAUCGGAUGCCCGAAGAGCGCAUGGUGGAAAUGGGGCAGCCAUGGCUGUGGGGGUUCCACCAUCGCUCCCAUUACUUCGACAAGAAGCUUAGCUUUCUGCAGCUUUGCAUAACUUUGAAUACACGUUCACAGUAAUUCUUGGGCUGCCAAUGUGAACCAGCCAUUUCUCAGUACUUAGCUCCCCGUAGCAGCUGUAGCAGCUGUAGAGUUUGCGCAUUAUUUCGUGUAGUGCAAAUGGCCUGCAAGAAACUGCGUAGGUUUGAAGGCGCCUAAGACUGCGCUGAAAUGCAUGCCGCUGUGGCGAUUUGUACAUGUAAAUGCAUGGCCUGUCAAUCCAGAAGGCAGGAGAUAUGGUAAGCAUUUCAUAGUGCAGGGCAGAAGCAACCUGCAAUUUCCCAUGUGUGUUUCCUCUUAAUUUUAUGUCUGUUUCACACUUGCUCUCGCACCUGUGAUUCAGGGUUAGAGAAGUAAA